GUGAAUGGUACUGUGGGAACUCUGGCCACUUAGCUGUUCAUUUCAUUCUGAUCGGUAUGGAGACACCAGUUCAUCUGGAUUUACAUGUGAGCUGAGAUAGAGUAGACAUAUUCUGUAAUAUUUGAUACUGAGGAAUCUGUAAUCCUAAGGAAUCUGUAAUCUUGUCUCUCAUGCCCACUCCGAUGACUUACUCAAAUUUAAAGGCUCCAUUUCUUUCCUUUUGCCAGUGCUGGCUGGCAGAUGUCUUUGUUCCAAGCAUUCAGCUUCCAAGUCAGUUGAUGGAGCAUCUGUUAGGAAGAAUUUCAGCCUGCCAAAUGGUAGCACAGAAGGGGACAUUGGGGGACGAAGUGAUCUGGUCUCCAGGAGGACCCUGACACUGGUGGAGAAUUUAGGGUAUCAUUUGAAAUGAUCAGGAAGACCAGGGAGGACUUUGUAGUCCAGAAAAGUAGAUGUUCAUGUCACUUGCAGAGUAGGCAUUCAGUAAGCGUUUAUAGUGACGGGCACACGUGGAGGCUGCUGGGCCUCGUCAGCGAGCAAGAUGCAUCUUAGCCAUCAGAGUCAGUUUUUCAGCUCCGCCCGCUCUUCUGGUGCUGCGGAUCUAGGCCCUCACCUCACUUGAGAGCCGACUCAUCCCAGCCUGAGUGGGAUGGACUUGGGCUGGAGUGAGGGGCUGCUAGAUCCCUUUGUCUUUGCUAACAACAGGUGGGUUAGCAGUGCUCCAGAAGGACCUCCUGUGCCUGGGUACAUCUGUGUGCUCUCCCAGUGUCCUCUUCACAGCUGCAGACAAGCAGUAGAAGUUGGCCACCAGGCCCACCGGGCUGUUACAGCUUCCUCCCUCGCCAGUGAGUCCUGUAAGAAGCACUGGAGCAGAUCUUCCAAGGGCCUGCAGGAGCCCGUGGUCUCCGAUCCACAGCACGGCGGUAUUGCUGUGAGGGCCCCGUUGUCAUUACAGAGUGCAAGCUGGAGCACAGGGUCGGUGACUCGUCACGCGCUAUCCAAGUGGCAGAUGGCGUAGGUGGUGUUCCAGACUCCUGCUUUCUCCAGCACCCUCUGCUCUCUGUUUAACCCCAGUAUUGAGCAGUAUUAAAAUCCCAAAUUCUUACCAACUUAACCUCUGAAGUCCAGAUCAAGGGCAGAGUUGCAAGACCUACAAAAGGUCAUUUUGUCAGGCAAAUACAUCUAGGAAAAAUAAUUCAUGAAAACCAACUGACCAAGCUUCCUUUUUUGCGGAAAUUGUCAAACUUAUCCUAAAAUUUGUAUGAAAUUACAAGAGACCCAGAAUAUCUAAAACAAUUUCGAAGAAGGACAAAGUUGGGGGACUUACUUCUUUAUUUCAAGACUUACUACAAAGCUACCAGGAUUGAAAUAGUGUGGUUCUGAUGUAUUAAUAAACAAUGAGACAGGAUUGAGAGUUCAGAAAUAAACCCCAUACAUCUGUGGUCACUUGAUUUUUGACAGUGGUGCCAAGACCAUCCAGUAGGGAAAGAAUAGAUCUCAACAUGAUUCUGAGACAGUUGACUCUCCACCUCCAAAAGAAUGGACUUGGAUACUUAACUCACGCCAUGUACAAAACCACCUCAAAGUGGACCAAAGACUUCAGCAUUUCUGUAAAACCAGCUGAAACAGCUUGUAGGACAAAUGGAGAGGAGACAGAAAUUGGAAUACUAAAAGAAAAAACAGAAUUGUUAGGUAUCCUAGGGUCAUAAGGGAAAAUAGAAGAAAACAGAGGAAGGUAAAUUCUAGGCAAAUAUGAGGGAGCUGGGAAGAGCGUGUAUGAGGCAGAGGGAGGUGCGGAAGGUAGUGCACAUAGGGAGAGCAGAGGGCCUGGAGAGGCAGGCUGUAGAGAAGGGUGGCAAGACAGGUCGGGCAGCAGGAAGCCCACAGUACAGGAGGCAGCGGGCUUCCCUGGUGGCUCUGACAGGAAAGAGUCUGCCUGCAAUGCAGGAGAUGUGGGUUUGAUCCCUGGGUCAGGAAGAUCCCCUGGAGGAGGGCAUGGUAACCCACUGCAGUACUCUUGCCUGGGGAAUUCCAUGGACAGAGGAGCCUGGCGGGGUACAGUCCAUGGGGUCACAAAGAGACACGACUGAGCAGGUGACAGUUUCACUUUUAUGGGAGGCAGUGGUCGUGGGAAGGGCACCCAAAUAACCUCUUGUCCUUACCCAGGGCACCCACGGUGGAAAGCAGACCAGUCUAUGCACAUUGGCUCAUGGUCACUGUCAGCUAAUAACUGUAAGUUGGAUUUUCUCUAGGAUUUAAAAAUGUAUAAGCCUCGUUCGAAUUCCCCUUUCACAGCAUUCAAACUAGUUGAGUGUCUUGUGCCUAGUUUUUGACAUCCUGUUCCAUUUCAGACCCAGAGUCCUUGAGCGUUAACACAGUUCAGUUUUACUGGUUCUCUUGGGCCUGUUACGCAGGAGUGUGUCCAGCAGAUGGCACUGGAAUUCUUAGACGGCAGACCCGUGCUCUGAAGCAGCAUUGCCCAGUAGAAAUGAGGUGUAAGCCCUGUGUGUCAGUUUGGUUUCUAGGAGCCACAUUUAAAAAGCGAAUUCUUUCUGUGGUAUAAAACCAUCCCUCUGUGUCUGCGGGGGGAUCCACCAGAGUCUGUAGCCGCUCGAGUUCCACAGUCCGCCCUCUACAUGCAGUUCAUACCCGCACAUGCAGCCAGUGUGGAGCGUGUGGUGCUGUGGCGGUAGUGAAGGGUCCACACACAUGGGCCCUCCCAGGUCAAACCCAGGUUGUUCAGGGUCAACUCGAUUGAACCCAGAAUAUCCAAAAUAUUUCAUCAUUCCAUCAAUACACAGAAAGUUCAAUGGGACGUUUUGCAUUUCUUUUCACACCAUGUCUUCAAAACCCAUUGUGUGUCCACUUCUAGCACAUCUUGAUUCAGAUGCUCAAUUUUCAUCAGGAAUACUUAAUCUCUAUUUGGAUUUCACAAAAUAUACAUUUGAAAAAGUAGAUUCACAUACCUAAGUUGAUCCAAACACACUUAAAAACAUUUAAGAGUUGGCCAGUAACGAAAUUGGUUAUCAAGCUUUAAAUUUCAUAAACUUAAAAUAUAGUUCCUUGGUCAUACUAUACCACACUUCAGAUGCUCAAAAGACACAUGUCUAGUGCUAGUGAAUGCACAGCACAGCUUGGAUCUGUUUUUACAUGUUUUGUGGUUUAACUAUAUAUAAAUCUCUUGUUAGUAACUAAGUGAUCGGCAAACAGGUCUCUUCCAGCCGUUCAUUAAGCACUCACGUUACCCCUUGGCUGUGUUUGACUUGGGAGCCACCACUGCUGAAUCUCCGGUCGGAAAGCAUGGCCGCGCCUCAUUCAUGGCGUUGUGGAGCUAAGCAAAAUGUCUUGGAUUAGAAAUUGCUUUGAAUUAUUUGUUUUCAUUGUAAUCUUUUCUCCAGGCCUUUGUGUGUUUUAAUACAGUUCGUUUGAAUUGGCUAAAUAAAUCCUUUUGUUUGCUUGCAAAAGUCCCAAAGGAGAAACUUUAAAUCCAUAUACAUGAGAUUCCUGCUGUGUUUAGCUGUGCAUUUGCCAAAGACUUGUGGAAUAAUUUAUUUCCUCUUAAAGCCAUAGUGCAGCCUGGGAGAUGGCUCUCAGCUGACCUUGUUGUGACAUACAGAUGAGGCAGUAGAAUUUAGAAUCUGGAAUGGGCGAGGGUACUGGUCUUUACAGUUAAUACAACACAGAGCAGCCACGCCAUAUGUGUUUAAUUUCUUUUCAGCCAGUAAAUUGAACUAAGUCAGUUAUAUGUCAGGCAGUUCCUGUAAGAAACUAUAUGGCUAAGGUUUUUAUUGAGAGACCAAAAGAAGAACUUCCAUCCUCAGAUCUCUGACUCCUAGAGGAUGCACCGGCUCGAUGACCUAUAAGGGCCGUUUCAGCACAUCCGUCUGUCCCGAGACCUGGCCUUAGGCGAGAACGUAGGCUCUCAUUCAGCCCUCAGGCUGUCUAGCUGCUUACAGCUGAAGGUCCCUCUUGUCUAGAAUGGACAGCAUCACCUAGCAGUAUGCGUGCUGAAGUACCAUGAAUGACAUCAAGAGUAACCGAGAACUGUACCUGCAGUACACCGCCACUGCCCCCAAGCUGCUGGCCCACAUCUCCAGGCUGCUCGUCGGCUGCCGGAACGCAGGCAUUUCUGUACCCAAGGGCAUCAGGAACAUCUUUGAAUUCACCUGGGAGGAGCUGGUCACCGACCCCAUGGUCCCCACCCCCUCUGACAUCUUGGGCCUGGAGAUCAGCAUUGGCGCCCCGCCCGUGGUGCUUAUGGAAUCAGCCCCCGUGCAGACCCCUGUCCAGAAGAAGCUGCCCCCACCAGCGCUCCCACUGCCGAUGCUGCCCGCUUCCACCGGGCUGGCCAAAUUCACGCACGCUCCCACCCACGGCCGCCGCAGGCAGUCCAGCCAGGAGAUCCUGCACAGGUUCCAGCGGCAGUCCAUCCACCUGCUGACCGAGCUCCUCAGCCUGAAGAUGAAGGCCAUGCUGGAGUCUGUGUCUGUAGGUGCCAACCCCUUGGACAUUACAAAGCGCUUCGUGGAGGCCAGCCAGCUUCUGCACCUCAAUGCCAAAGAGAUGGCUUUUGACUUCCUGAUUGGCACCAUCGGGAGAAAUUCUGGCAGUGCCGGACAGAUGGGGAAAGAUUCCUUUACGAAUAUCCCAGCCAUGGGCGUGAACUCACCUUAUCAGCUUGUCUACGAGGCCUCUACUGGCUGUCUGAGCUUUUCCCUCUCAACCGGAAGGGAAUUCAAGAAGAAAACAGCUACAGGCAAACCCAAAAAUACAGACGAUGCUUUGGCAUCGCCGCAGCGAGGAGCAGGAGCGGGAACCUCUGCCUCCGAGGUUACCGAGUUGAACGACCCUUGUCCUGAAGCCCGGGAGAAGCUGCAGGAGAUGUGUCGCAUUAUAGAAGCCGAAAGGGUCUCGUGGAAAGGGAGGAAUAUCUUCUACCCCAUCAUCAUACGCAACUACAGGGCAAAGAUGUCCCCUCAUCUAAUGUCGACCCCCAAAGGGGAUGCUCAGACCCAGAGCUCCCACCACCCUCACCCUCCGGGUGUUCAGACUUAUGCUCCCGCCCCUCACCAGCCUCCCGCCCACCACCUCCACUCCCACCGGCACUCUCUGGAGUGGAAGGGGCCCAGGAAGGUCAUCAAGUUGCAUUACUCCUUCUACGAUGGGUCCUCCUUCGUUUACUAUCCCUCUGGGAACAUCGCCAUGUGUCAGAUCCCCACGUGCUGCAGAGGGAGAGCCAUCACCUGCCUCUUUAACGACACACCCAGCUUCUCCUUCCUGGCCCUGUUCAAUGCUGAAGGCCAGGGCUGUGUUCACUACAACUUAAAGGCCCGCUGCCCAUACGUCUUGGUCUUGGAUGAGGAAGGUGGUAUCACCAACGACCAGAAGGGCUACGUAGUCCACAAGUGGAGCUGGACUUCUAAGACGGAGACUUUACUCUCUCUGGAAUACAAGGUGAAUGAGCAAAUGAAGCUGACGGUGCUCGGGCAGGACACUAUGAUGGUCACCUUCACCUCCAUGAAUGAGACAGUAACGCUCCCCAUAUCGGCCAGCAACUGUCCCCACGGAAUAUCGCACGAUAAGCGGAUAACCCGCAGAAUCAGCAUCAUGGAUGAAAAGAUAUCUAAGAUGAGCCGGGCCCUGGCAGAGAUCAAGAGGCGGUUUCAGAAGACAGUGUCCCAGUUCAUGAACUCCAUCCUGCUGGCGGCAGGCCUGUUUACCAUCAAAUACCCGGUAAAGGAAGAGGCAGAAGUCAAUCGGACCAGACUGAAGUCCGUUCUCUUCCCCGAGCGCAGCACCAAGCUGAGUCUGUACUCAGGAGAUACGCUCUUAUUACGGUCGCAGUCAGCCCAACCCGAGUCCUUGAUUGAAGUAGCUUCAAAGGAAGAGCCUGAGUCGGCUCCUGUGAGCCCCAUGCGGAAGAAGCCCAGCAAGUUCCACACCAAGGCCAUGGCUCCACGCAGAGGGAAGGCCAGAGAGGUUCGCAGCCCCACCAGGUGGGCGGCCUCACUCUCCGACUGCCCCCUGGUGCUGCGGAAGCUCAUUAGCAAAGAGGACAUCCGGGCCGGCUGCAGGUGCUUGGUGCGAGCGCCCCUGGUGUCCGACGUGGAGCUGGAGCGCUUCCUGUCAGCGCCCCGAGACCCCAGUCAGGUGCUGGUGUUCGGGGUCGUGUCGGGCCAGAACCCCACCAGCUCGGGGCAGCUCCAGUGGCUGCUGGACAUGCUCUACAGCCGCCGGCAGCAGGGCCGCGCCUCUCCCUGCAUCCAGUGCCGGCACGACCCCUACCGCCUGCUGUGCUACGACCUGGACGGCCCGCUGCAGAGGGACCCGCCCCUGCUGGUGAAGAAGUACGCUGUGAUGCAGGGCAUGAUUCUGAUGUUCGCUGGGGGAAAGCUACUUUUUGGGGGCUGCGUUUUGAAUGGCUAUGGCUUCAGCAGGCAGAAUCUGCUGAAACAGAUCUUCCAGGCUCGACAGGACUGCAAGAUGGGCUACUUCCUGCCUGAGAACUACAAAUUCAGUGUUUUAGCCUCUGUCCCGGGCCUGGAAGACCCCACCUCAUCCAAGAAAGUGGUCUCAGGGGACGUCCAAGGAAGCCUCUCCUCGUUGGCCUUGGGGGACAAGUUGGAGGAGCCCUCCACCGAAGCCGAGAGGAAAAUGAUCCAGGCUGAUUUGGAUCUGCGUGCUCUCAAAGCUUGGAAGAGCAGCAAGAAGACAGCCACCUGGAAGAAGCAGGCCUCCAAGAAGUGAUGCCACCCCCGUGGCCACCUGGAGCGUGGCCCAGAUGCAGCCCCUCCCAUGCCCCUCCCGGGCGCCCCCCCACCGCCCUGCCUCUCCAGCCUCCCACCCCUUCUUUGAACUCAGCCUAAUAAAUGAGCAUGCCGCCAGCAUCCAGGUGCAGCCAUGGGACGCGCUGGCUCCUACGAAGCUGGAGGCCCUGACAGCCCUUUCCAGUGCAAGGCCUUAGAGAUACGGUGCCUCCCACCCAGGGCUUCCUCUGUGGCCAGUGCAGUCAGCCCAGGAGCCUCCCAGGGAAUCGAAGGUCUCCAAGGGGCUGAGCCGAUGACACGUGAACCCUGGGGAGGUCUCAGGUGGGACUAAGCUUUGCUUAGUGUGGGGCCGAGUGGCCUUUGCUGGGUGGGGAAGGGCCCAGAUUCUGGCCCAGGUGGAAAACAGGGUGAGAGGAAGAAGAGGGAGCAGAGAGAGAGAGAGAAAGCCAGGCGGGUGGGAGAAGAGACAGAGGAAGGGACGGAGCGCCCCGAGAAGGGAGAGUGGGGCGGGGGUGUGUGUGGAGGAACAAGGGAGGAGGCGGGCUGAGGGGCAGGGAGGUGGGAGGAGAGGGGCCUGGGGGGAGGUGACAGGGCAGGGACGGGGCGCACCCUGGGGCCUCUGGUUGUGCAGGGACAGCCAGAGCCCCGUGGCCUCCACGUGCGGGCGUCCCAUGAGCCCAGCCCCGGUAUCCUUUUAUGGAUUGGAUGCCCCUCCCCUGAGCUCAGAGAUGGCAGCCCCCUCUGCGGUUCCAAUUCCUUCUUGGUGGUCCCUGAGUGGGGCCGAUGUCACAUCAGCUGUGGGUCCACUUGUCACAGGCUCUCAAGAGCCACUCCCCAGCAGGGUGAGGACUCCAGAGGCUCUGCCUUGUUCUUCAAGCCCAGAAGAGACCUCAGGCCCUGGUCCGUGAGGAGCUCUACACAUAGCUCCUUACGCUCCCUCUGUGAAUAGAUGCUAUUUACAUUCGAUUCUUUGACGUUUAAUUUUUAUCCUUUGUAUCAUUCAAAGGCUUUUUUUGAAUUAUA